UUCUACUUCCUAAUUCUGCAGGUGACAAUUAGGAACUGCAGUUGUCAUCUGGGUUACGGGGUUUUGCAUGUUGUUCUCACAUGAUUGCCGCGGCAGAUUCAUUGAUUUUGGAGUAUAUAUGCUAAAAAUGGGGCUGGGCGAUGAAAAUUGGUAAAAUUAUCAGCUGCUGCCAAUUAAAAACAAACCAAAAAAAAAAAACAAACAAACAAACAACAACGAGGAUACUGGCACUGCAAACUCCUCCCUUAGCAAUUCACUACUAGAACAAUUUGUGCAUCUUCUUGGUUGCUAUAUAAGCCAGAGUACAGGAUAUUUGUUUCAGCGAUUGGUGACACCUGCUUCUUUUUACGUGGCAUUUUCUUGUACCGUUUGCUUUGUGUACUUAUUUUCUUCUGGUGACCACAUACACAUUUUAACAGUUUGCUUCAUCCUUAGCCAUGGAGUUUGUGGAGUUGAUCAAAACUCCUAGGGUGGAUAAUGUGAUUCUUCACCGGCCUUUUUUACCAACAGUGGAGGGCACACUUUGCCUUACUGGUCAUCAUUUGAUUUUGUCGUCACGGCAAGACAAUACCGAAGAACUCUGGCUACUUCAUUCAAAUAUCGACUCGAUCGAGAAAAGGUUUACAGGUUCCAUGGGUACAAUUAUAAUUCGAUGUAAAGAUUUGCGAAUUAUACAGCUUGAUAUCCCUGGAAUGGAUGAAUGUUUGAACAUUAGCAGCUCAAUUGAGGCCUUAUCCUCACUUGACUCAGUUACUUUAAUGUACCCCUUCUUUUACCGACCCAUGUUUGAGGUGAUUGAAGAAGGAUGGCAUUCCUUUCUCCCAGAACAGGAGUUUGCACUACUGAACUCUGUGACUGAUGAAUGGAGGCUGAGUUAUGUGAAUAAGGACUACUCCCUUUGCCCUUCCUACCCUCAGAUAGUUACCGUACCUAAAUCAAUCGAUGAUGAAUUGCUGAAAAAAGUUGCCAUGUUUCGCUAUUUAGGACGCUUCCCUGUACUUAGCUACUACCAUAAGAAAAAUGGGAUGGUGAUGAUGCGUAGCAGCCAGCCAUUAACUGGAACUAAUGGAAGAAGAUGUAAGGAGGAUGAAAAACUCAUUAAUGCAACAUUACGAGCAGGAAAGCGUGGUUACAUCAUCGACACUCGGUCUAUUAAUGCAGCUCAACAAGCCCGAGCUCGUGGUGGUGGGUUUGAGCAGGAAGUGCACUAUCCUCAAUGGAGAAGAAUCCAUAAAUCAAUUGAGAGGUGUAACAUCCUGCAGGAGAGCUUCAUCAAGCUGGUAGAAGCAUGUACUGACCAAUCUCAUAGUGUUGAUCGAUGGCUUAGUAAACUGGAGGCCUCUAAUUGGCUAACUCACGUGAAGGACAUCUUGACUGCAGCAUGCUUGGCUGCUCAGUGUGUUGACAGAGAAGGGGCCUCUGUUUUGGUUCAUGGCUCUGAAGGCACUGACUCAACCUUGCAGGUGACCUCACUAGCCCAAAUUAUCCUUGACCCCAGUUCUAGGAGUAUCCGUGGUUUUGAAGCCUUGAUUGAACGGGAGUGGCUACAAGCAGGCCAUCCUUUCCAGUUGCGUUGUGCCCAGUCUGCUUAUUCAAGUAGCAAGCAGAAAGCUGAGGCUCCAACCUUCAUGCUGUUCCUUGACUGUGUGUGGCAGAUCCAGCGUCAGUUCCCAUGCUCCUUUGAGUUUAAUGAGCUGUUCCUCAUCAUGCUGUUUGAACACAGUUAUGCUUCCCAGUUUGGAACCUACCUUGGCAACAAUGAGGCUGAAAGGUAAGAGAGUAAAACUACA